AUGGGAGAUGACCGUAAGGCCAGGUGGCUUCUAGAAGCAAGGAAGGCGACCUCAAGGCAGGCCAAGGCUUAUGUAUGCAGACUUGAUAGAGAGAAUUGGCGCAGCAAGAGGAAGCAUCAUGCCGGAGAUGAGAAGGAUUACACAGGACAGGGACCGUUUGACAAGAUGGUCAGAGGCAGCUACUCCACGCUUAGCAGCACACAGGAGAUAGUGAGAGAAGAAGAAGAUCAAUCACUGUUAGAGAAAAUCAAUGAGAAUAAAACCUAGAUAACAUUAAAAACUGCUUAA